GUGCGCGUGUGCGUCCGCGUCGAGCAUGGUCCGUGGUAAAGAGAGCAUCACCCAGAGCCAACAUUUGUAACUUCGGGAUCUACUUGCAAAGGCGCUUUUCUUUCUUUUUUUCUGGACGUCUUGGGGAUUUUGUGCGCGUGUUCAAACAUGCCUGUGAGAAGAGGUCACGUUGCGCCACAGAACACCUUCCUGGGGAUGAUCAUUCGGAAAUUCGAGGGUCAAAACCGGAAAUUUGUGAUAGCCAAUGCCCGGGUGGAGAACUGUGCGAUCAUAUACUGCAACGACGGCUUCUGUGAGAUGACGGGCUUCUCAAGACCAGACAUCAUGCAGAAGCCGUGCACCUGUGACUUUUUGCACGGCGACCUGACGGACCAAGAGGCCAUCAGCCAGGUGGCGCAGGCUGUGGUCGGCUCUGAGGAGCGCAAGGUGGAGAUCACCUACUACCGCAAGGAUGGGUCCGACUUUCAGUGCAACAUCCACGUGAUCCCGGUGAAGAAUGAAGAGGGCGUGGUGAUGAUGUUUAUCUUGAAUUUCGACUACGUUGUGGACGACGGAAGCGACAACUCCGCCGAGAAGAUAAGCCCGACGUCCCCGACAAAGUCGGAUCAAAGGAGGAGUAGAUUCUUCCGCUUCCGCCAGGCUGCCCUGAGCCUAAUGAACACCAACAAGCAGUCUCUUCCACAAGAGGACCCGGACGCUGUGAUGGUGGACUCCCCCAGAGAGGACGCCAACUCAGUGGCCAUGGAGAGCUUCCCCUCUCCUACCAAGAGCAUUUGCAGCCCCAUUGAGGCCAACGACACGCACGCCCUCAUUGGCUCGAGCCGCCACUCUUCCCAGGCUAGUAUUGGUCCUGAACCGCUUGACCAUUCAUCGCCUAAACUCCCCUGGGAGAAGCUGUACCAGACCGAGCCACACCAGUCAUCUACCUCCCUGUCGAACACCUUUCCCAGAGGCAGCAUCAGCAGCAUGAGGAGAGCGUCAUCCGUCCAUGAAAUUGAGGGUUACAGCUCCAAUUCUAAGGGUGUAUUCAGGGAUCGACAGACAAGUGAAGGCCCUUUCAACCAUGUGAAGUCCAGCCUGCUCGGCUCUACCUCUGAUUCAAACAUCAACAAGUACAGCACCAUUAACAAGAUCCCUCUGAUUGCACUCAACUUCUCCGAGGGCGCUGAUAAGAAGACUCACUCUCCGCCGACGUCCGAGAAAGCCAUCAUCGCGCCGAAGGUCAAAGAGAGAACCCACAAUGUUACAGAGAAAGUCACACAGGUCCUGUCACUCGGAGCCGACGUUCUGCCCGAGUACAAGCUCCAGACGGCUCGCAUCGACAAGUUCACCAUCCUCCACUACAGCCCGUUCAAAGCCGUGUGGGACUGGCUGAUCCUGCUGCUGGUCAUCUACACCGCCAUCCUCACGCCCUACUCCGCCGCCUUUCUUCUCAACGACCAAGAGGAGCAGAAGAGGCGCGAGUGCGGAUACUCCUGCAGCCCCCUGAACGUGGUGGAUUUAAUGGUGGACAUCAUGUUCAUCAUCGACAUCCUCAUAAACUUCAGGACCACUUACGUUAACCAGAACGAGGAGGUGGUUAGCCACCCAGCAAAGAUAGCAAUCCAUUACUUUAAAGGCUGGUUCCUUAUAGACAUGGUUGCUGCAAUCCCUUUUGACCUUCUUAUCUUCGGCUCAGGAUCAGACGAGACCACCACUCUGAUUGGCCUGCUGAAGACGGCCCGGCUGCUGCGGUUGGUGCGCGUGGCCAGGAAGCUGGACCGCUACUCGGAGUACGGCGCCGCCGUCCUCAUGCUGCUCAUGUGCAUCUUUGCCCUGAUCGCCCACUGGCUGGCCUGCAUAUGGUACGCCAUCGGAAACGUGGAGAAGCCCUACUUGGAGCACAAGAUCGGCUGGCUGGACAAUCUGGGCGUGUCCAUCGGGAAGAGAUACAACUACAGCGAUCCCAGCUCCGGCCCCUCCAUCAAGGACAAGUACGUGACGGCGCUGUACUUCACCUUCAGCAGUCUGACCAGCGUGGGCUUCGGAAACGUGUCUCCGAACACCAACUCAGAGAAGAUUUUCUCCAUAUGCGUCAUGCUGAUCGGCUCCCUCAUGUAUGCCAGUAUUUUUGGGAACGUCUCGGCCAUCAUCCAGAGGUUGUACUCGGGCACGGCUCGCUACCACGCCCAAAUGCUGCGAGUCAAGGAGUUCAUCCGCUUUCACCAGAUUCCCAACCCGCUGAGGCAAAGGCUGGAGGAGUACUUCCAGCACUCGUGGACCUACACCAACGGCAUCGACAUGAAUACGGAGGUAUUAAAAGGUUUUCCUGAGUGCCUGCAGGCGGAUAUCUGCCUCCAUCUCAACAGGAAUCUCCUGCACAACUGCAAAGCUUUCCAAGGAGCCACAAAGGGCUGUUUGAGGGCCCUGGCCAUGCGCUUCAAAACCACUCACGCUCCCCCGGGAGACACCCUGGUCCACAACGGCGAUGUGCUCACCGCUCUCUACUUCCUGUCCCGUGGAUCUAUUGAGAUAUUGAAAGAUGACAUUGUGGUUGCUAUUCUGGGGAAAAACGACAUCUUCGGAGAGAUGAUUCAUCUGUUCGCCAAGCCCGGGAAGUCCAACGCCGAUGUCCGGGCGCUGAGCUACUGCGACCUGAGCACCAUUCAGAGAGAAGACCUGCUGGAGGUGUUGGACAUGUACCCGGAGUUUGCCGACUGCUUUUUCAACAACCUGGAGCUGACCUUUAACCUCAGAGAUGAGUCGGCCAGGCCGUCUGAUGGCCAAGAAUGUGAUUCAGACGGGGAAGGCAAUAAAAACAUGAAAAGAAGAAUCUCGUUCACACCCGAUCUACCUAGAGGAGAAAACACCGAAGCGGUUAAAGAUACUGAGGGAGGAAAGGAAUCUAACCCGUGCCUGAAGAGGUCCUCGGUGGCCCUGGGACCCUCGACGCUCAACGUCCCCGUCCUGGAUUCAGAUCUGAUCGUCCGGGACAGGAUGGAGAGGAGACCCUCUUUUGAAGAUCUAUGCUGUGAUAAAUGGGCCUGUAAGAAGCCCACAGACUACCUGGAUGAGUCAGCACAGUUCCAGGACCUGAGAGAGGAUGAUAAUUCUGCCAGUGAAAUCACGUAUGGAGAGGUGGAACAGCGCUUAGGUCAGCUUCAGGAGCACUUAAACAGGCUGGAGUCUCAGCUGAUCACAGACAUUCAGACCAUCCUGCAGCUGCUCCAGAGACAGCCCACCCUGGGACCUCCGGCCUACAGCACUGUGACCGCCAGUCCAGACUAUCACAGGCCCGCUGUGAAGGUUCAGCCCGCUGCUCUGGCUGCCAGCCAUUUCUUCAGCCAUACAGGAACUCGAGGUCCCAACCAUACACUGGAAAGCACCAGUCAGGAACCCAAAGACUCUCUGGCGAGCCUGGCCGGUGCAAACGCCCCCAUCAGAGACAGCCUUACAGCAUUUCUUGUACAGAGACACACAGAACCGCCGCCGCAGCAGCAGCAGCAGCAGCAGCAGCAGCAGCAGCAGCAGCAGGUUCCAGGCCACCAUCAGCAAGCUCUCAUUCUUCUUCCCAAUGAAACCUCUUCCACCACGUCCUGCUCCUCUUCCCCGUCGCGAUCCGACUCCAACCUCCACACCGCUGGACUCCACAGGCCCGUAUCAGACCCCGAGUUUCCGAGGCCAUAGCUCUUUUUAGCCGGGGUUGCAAUGCUGUAAUUACUAAGUAGCAGUUUUUUGUUUUUGUUUUUGUUUUUUUAUCAGCAUGCUGGCACGGACGUCUGUAUUGUUAAUUUGCAGUGGCUUUGUAAUAGAAAUAAGAUGUUCUUUCAUUGUGCAUGUGGAUAAAACACUGUUCUCUGCUGUCGACGGGAGAAUAGGAGAGACAUUACACACAUUAAUAACUGUCAA